GGCACAGAUGGUCAUAGGGAAGUAUGAGGGUCCACACAGGGCACAGAUGGCCAUAGGGAAGUAUGAGGGUCCACACAGGGCACAGAUGGCCAUAGGGAAGUAUGAGGGUCCACACAGGGCACAGAUGGCCAUAGGGAAGUAUGAGGGUCCACACAGGGCACAGAUGGCCAUAGGGAAGUAUGAGGGUCCACACAGGGCACAGAUGGCCAUAUGGAAGUAUGAGGGUCCACACAGGGCACAGAUGGCCAUAGGGAAGUAUGAGGGUCCACACAGGGCACAGAUGGCCAUAGGGAAGUAUGAGGGUCCACACAGGGCACAGAUGGCCAUAGGGAAGUAUGAGGGUCCACACAGGGCACAGAUGGCCAUAGGGAAGUAUGAGGGUCCACACAGGGCACAGAUGGCCAUAGGGAAGUAUGAGGGUCCACACAGGGCACAGAUGGCCAUAGGGAAGUAUGAGGGUCCACACAGGGCACAGAUGGCCAUAGGGAAGUAUGAGGGUCCACACAGGGCACAGAUGGCCAUAGGGAAGUAUGAGGGUCCACACAGGGCACAGAUGGCCAUAGGGAAGUAUGAGGGUCCACACAGGGCACAGAUGGCCAUAGGGAAGUAUGAGGGUCCACACAGGGCACAGAUGGCCAUAGGGAAGUAUGAGGGUCCACACAGGGCACAGAUGGCCAUAGGGAAGUAUGAGGGUCCACACAGGGCACAGAUGGCCAUAGGGAAGUAUGAUGGUCCACACAGGGCACAGAUGGCCAUAGGGAAGUAUGAUGGUCCACACAGGGCACAGACAUGAAUGUAACAAUUGUAUAUUCCUUAUUAUUAUUUUUUCAUACAAAAGUGGAAUUAUUAAUAACAAAGGAAAACUGU